AUGCCCGAGCCAGCGGUUCUGAGAGUGCGGCCGGAUGAGCGACAAAGUAGUACAAAAGAUUCUACAUCACUUUGGCCAGGCUCUGGACUCGUAUCAGCGGACUCGGUCUUACCCGGAUCCCGCUCCAAGCUCGUCCCACCCGCCGCUUCUGGGACAAGAAAACCGUUGGAUCGAUCGGACAUGACGGAGUCACACAGCAGCGCCAUCUCCAAGCGCAGUUGUGAUUACAGCGCUGUGGGCUCCGAGAUGAGUGCGAGAACGAAAAGCGGCGCCAACACGAGUAUCACGCUUGCCCUUCAUCUAAUCGCUCUUCCAUCGUCGCUGACGGCUCGACUUCCGACCACAUCCAGUCUCGCAAGCUGGCUUUCGGGAACGCCAGCUCUCAAUGCGGCACAGCAAAAUGAUCCAUCAAUCAGCACCCCUUCGGACAAUGCUCGUUCGACCGACGACGAGGACGAUAUGCCUGUGCGCAGGGGCUCGCGACCACGGAGCAGAAGCAGCAGCAGCAUCGCUUCCCCUGCUUCGAGGUCUAUUGCCUUUCGACGUCCAUCAGUAGCGCCUUUUCGCAGUCGCCUCGAGGAGCUGCAGGAUGUCUCCGGCAUAGCAGAGUCUUCGUCUUCUUCGUCUUCGGACUCCGACUCGCCCCCUACAAGCAGCUCCAGGAGAUGCAAACCCAGAGUUGACGGACAUCGACGUGCCAGCUCGGCAAAUAGUGCCGACAGCACAAACAGCUCUCCAUGCAAACGCCGUGCAACGCUGUCGUCAACUGGUGCUGCAAAAGAGCUUCGUGUUACUGCAGAUCACCGCACGAUCGAAGAGACUCUCCAGGCAUUAGCUGCGCCCAGUCGCUUUCCUGGACUUGCCUCGACCUCGACUCCCCUUCGAAAUGCGCCAAGAAGACCUUUCCUCGGCGACGCUUACGAGGACUACUCAGCGUUCUGCCCUCGUCAAUUGACGCACUCACCGACCCGAAGUGUGCGUGUGAUGCCAACGCUUGACGAAAAGUCAACCCCUGUGGAUCGUGGUGUAUUGCGCAACUUUGACACCAGCUCGCCGAAACGGCGCAGCAGACACACCAAACAUCCCACCGUUACGCCAUCCAUAUCUUCGACCCGCACUUCGCUGGUGAAUGGUACAGAGCUUCCAGGACUGGGACUGCUCGCUCCUCCUCGCUCGACAUCAGCCGUCACACUCGUUACCGCAAACUGCCUCGAUCACGUCGAGUAUGACAAGCAGCGUCCUCGCAUCACCAUGCGCUUCCGCGAUCCAUGGCACCCCGACCAUAAGCCCUCGCCUCUGCAACACCCAGGUUCGCCCGCAUCAAUCUGCAGCGUGCCGCUCCUCACCAUUAGCGGGGCGAACAGCAGUCCGACUUGCAAGAAUGACGUUUUGCCCAACACGCCACGCGGCAGCUUGAGCCUGCGUCGCAAGCGACACGCCACCGCAUCCGAUGUCCCCAGUCUAGUAUUCUCGGGGCCUUGGCUGGACACCGGCACCUGCUCGCGAGCCGAUUUUACGCCUUCUGGAUGCGUCCGCUCUUUGCCACGCCUUGCACACUCGUUGACCAUGGACGGAAGCCUGGACUCGCUCCUUGCAGGUAACUCAGAGGGAGACGUCCACGCGAACGCUCGAACUUCCCUACAAGCGUCUCGUCUCCGCGAGAUGGAAGGCAGGCUUUGCGGCUUGUACGCGGAACGUGGCAUGAACAAGUUGCCUUCACCGUCGCCGUCACGCGCUACUCCUACGAGGUCUGCGCAGCGUUUCAUCCGCUCUCAGAGUGUAGCUUCUGUGUGGCCCUCUCUCAUGGCGUCUUCAGCUGUUGGCGUUCGUGAAGCCGGCGCCCCCCCUUUGUCAUGCAAUACAAGCUCGCCCCUUGGCUCGCCUCGAGCUGCUGCUGCUGCCGGAACAUCAGCAUCGUCUCUCGGUCGCAAUCGCGGCUGGACAGACGCAAAAGAUUCCGAGGGCACUGUCGGUCUGCCGCCGCUCAGUCCUACUCUCCAAGGUGCCUUUGGCUUCGGUGAAGGACGUAGUAGACGGCGACCGACGCAUGCGCGGAUGAGAAGUGCGAAGCGAUUCGAGGACCUGCAGAUCGACGUUGGUCUCGCCAAAGCAAAUCAAGCCACUCUGGAGCGCCGGCCACCACUUUUAGCGCACCGGCAAGGUCAUUCUGACUAUACCUCGGAGGCGGGGCAUAUGCGUCCGUCUUCGUCUUGCACGAGGCAAGCGCCGUUCUUCCCCUUCUCGCCUCAGCUGCCGGAUGGCGGCGCAUCUGACUUAGAGACGCCGCCGCUUAGUGCGGCAUCCGCUUCGAGCAUGUCUUCAGAGUCAGACGCCGAGAGCAGCAGCGGUAGCGGUAACGAGUGCAGCCCUCAUCCUGCCUCUGUGCUCGCAUCGGGCUCAGGAUUCUUAGGGACGCUCGGGGCGAAGCCACCGUCGGCGCUUAGGCUCGCAGUAAAAGGCGUGGCGGAAGAUGUGGCCAGCUUAGAGGAGGCGCUGCUGAUCGCCACAUUGGGACCUGCUGCCGGCCGGAAUCGUCGCUCAUCCUCUUUUUCAAAGGACAGCAUGAAGCUCAAGGUCGUUCGCGCAUCACUCGUCGCUCCGCCUGACUUACGCGGCACAACUAUGAGCCGUCACCGCAGCCUUGCAGAUGACUGCGAAUAG